UUUCACUUCCAAAGGCUUCUUUCCAUUCAACUCCCACUUCUUGAGCCUCACUUGAGGCGCAAACAAGCCAUCGGUAUCGCGGCGCGGCUUUCUCCUCCCGCGCACCUCAUGCAGCCACCCACUUUCUAUCCUGGCCCUCCGUUUACAUCAUGGGCGAGACCGCUGCUGAACGCAACAGCGAGCGCAAUGCCGAUAGCGACAUAUUAGCGCUGCUGGGGAAAAAACAAGUGCUAAAGCGACGAUUCGGCCUGAUAUCAAUAUUUGGAUUCGCCAUGGCCGAGCUGAUCACGUGGGAGACCGUUCUCGCCCUCUUCAGUCAAGGUCUCAACAAUGGGGGUCCAGCAGGGCUGGUUUACGGAUUCCUCAUUGCGUGGCUCUCCACUAUUUCUGUUUAUACGGUGAUCUCUGAGCUGGCUUCCAUGGCGCCUAUUGCUGGAGGUCAAUAUUAUUGGGUUUACAUGCUUGCUCCCGUGCGAUACAAGAAGUUCUCAAGCUAUAUUAUUGGAUGGCUCACGUCACUGGCCUGGAUUGCUACUGUAGCUACGGAAUCGAUGUUUGCUGGGACGAUUAUUCGGGGACUGAUCAUUUUGGAUUAUCCCGAUUAUGAGCCGAAGCAGUGGCAGGGAACACUUCUGGCUUGGCUCGUCAUUGCCCUUGCCGUGUUCAUCAACGUGAUCAUUCCAGGCUUGCUGCCAAAAUUCGAGACUUUUAUUUUGGUGUUUCAUUGCGCUGGAUUCAUUGCAAUAAUGGCUGUACUCUGGGUAUACUCACCCCAUGGCAGUGCUGCGUCGGUAUUCACAACGAGCCUCAAUGAAGGAGGAUGGCCUACCCAAGGGCUUUCAUAUUGCGUAGGGUUUCUCGGAAACGUUGCCACGUUUGUUGGAGCUGAUGCAAGUGUUCACAUGGCUGAAGAAAUCUCAAACGCAGCCAUUAACAUCCCUCGGGCGAUCUGCGGUAGCAUGAUAUUCAAUGGCCUCCUGGGUUUUGCCAUGAUGCUCACAGUUCUCUUCUGCAUCGGAGAUCUAGAGUCCGUUCUCAGCACAAAGACUGGGUUUCCAUUUAUCCAAAUUUUCUAUGACAGCGUCGGAAACUUCGCCGGAGUCACAUCUAUGGGCGCAGUGGUGCUUGCGCUCACCUGGGCCUGUGCAAUUGGAAUCACAACAACAGCCUCGAGAAUGACUUGGUCCUUCGCCCGGGAUCGAGGGACACCGUUCUCACACAUUCUCAGCAAAGUUGAGCCUCGAACCCAAGUCCCCGUCGUUGCUGUGUCUGCUAUUACAAUAUUUUCUGCUUUAUUGACGCUCAUCUAUGUCGGCUCGGCGACUGCCCUGUUCAACGAUGUUAUCUCGUUGACCAUUACCGGAUUCUAUGGAUCAUAUUUCCUCCCCGCCGCUUUCUUGCUAUACCAUCGCAUCAAAGGACAUGUUGCUUCACAAAAGGACGUGUCCUCAAAUCCCGCGACCGACAAAACGAAUGAGCCUGCCAAGGAGAGCAAAUACGGCGAAGGCGAGAAGGCUACAGAUCCGAACGACACCAACGCCGGCACACCCAUCGUGGAAGUCGCCCAAGCAGCUCUUUCAUGGGGACCAUUCCGAAUCCCAGGCAUACUGGGAAUCAUCAAUAACGCAUACGCAUGUGUUUAUAUGAUAUUCGUGAUUUUCUGGAGCUUUUGGCCGCCGGAAACCCCCGUUGAUGCUACAACAAUGAACUAUAGUGUGGUGGUUACGGGAGGGGUUAUUAUAUUCAGUAUCACCUGGUACUGGAUUCGUGGAAGGAAAGAGUAUGAGGGGCCGUUAAUUGAUGAUGAGGUUAAAGCUGUGAUGAGGAUGGGAUCCAUUGCGCCCAUUUAG